UGGGGUCAUCAAGAAGAUACCUUACAAGAGCUUCAUAACCCAUAAAGCGUAAAUGUAAGAGAAGAGACAAGUACCAGCUUUGUGUUUUGUGUGUGGCAUGCGUUAUAUAAUUCACACUCCAACCCUGUAAAGUGCGGCCUCCACAGAAACUCUACGAAGAGCUGAGAGGGGCCGAGCGCUCAACCCGUGGGCCAUGCGUCCUCCGAGGUUGCGAACGUGCCUCUCGUUGCUGCUGCUGCUGUGCGGCGGCUGCAGACUCGCAGUCUCCAGGAGGGACCAGGAGCCGGCCCCGGGUCCCUCUCGCGGCCGAUUCGUCAGCCCCGAGCGGCACGCUUGCAGCUGGCAGCUCCUGCUGCCCGCCCCGGGGCCCGCCGAGCUGGCACUGCACUGCCGGGGCCCGGACGGGGCGCACCAGGUGUGCGCCUACCGCGGGGCUCCGGAGCGCUGCGCCGCCUACGCCGCCCGCCGCGCGCUCUACUGGAAGCAGGUGCUGGGCGCCCUGCGCAGGCGGCGGCGGCCCUGCCACGACCCCGCGCCGCUGCGGGCCCGGCUGUGCGCCGGCGGGAAGGGCCAGGGCGCCGAGCUGCGCCUGUGGCCGGCCGCGUCCCCGCCCGCCGGUUUCUCUCCGGAGCCCAAGGCCCGGGCCCGAAGCCGCGGGCGGCCCCGCAAGGCCCCGCCGGAGCGCGCCGAAGGGGCCCCGCCUCCCCGGCCCCGAGAGAAGCUCCCCCGGCCGACUCAGGGCGGGAAGAAGAAGGUGGCCUCGGAACCCGAGGACGACCGAGCGCGGGGGACCCGGGCCGACCCCGACGGGCUGGACGAGAACGCGCAGCUCGCCGAGACCUACUGCGCCGAGAAGUGGCACUCGCUCUGCGACUUCUUCGUCAAUUUCUGGAACGGCUGAGCCGUGCGCGAACGUACUCAGCGGGGAUCAGGAAACUUGGGGCCCUCAAGACUAAGAUGGGAAGAAAGUAAAGGGUGGGGAGGAGAGAGAGAAAGAGA